AUGAAGGGAGAUCUAAAGUGCAUCAACGGGUUCUACGUUGGAUUGAUGGUCAUGCUAUAUGCGUUCACGGUCAUUAUACAACUCGAAGCAGCAUCGGAAACGAAGACAUGUUUCGUAAGAAAGAGUCCAUGCUUCCUUAAGAAGCAGACUUGUCCAAAGCAAUGCCCUUCGUUUUCGCCUCCCAAUGGCAGCUCCAAGGCAUGCGUCAUUGAUUGUUUUAACCCUAUAUGCAAAGCCACUUGCCGAAAUAGGAAGCCUAAUUGCAACGGCAAAGGAUCGGCAUGCUUAGAUCCACGUUUUAUCGGCGGUGACGGUAUUGUCUUCUACUUUCACGGGAAACGCGAUGAGCAUUUUGCACUCGUCUCCGACAUUGACCUUCAAGUCAACGCACGUUUCAUUGGUCUUAGACCUUCUGGCCGAAACAGAGACUUCACAUGGAUCCAAUCCUUGGGUUUAAUUUUCGGCCCCGACAGUAAAACCUUUUCACUCGAGGCAACAAAGGCGGCGAAAUGGGACCACCAAGUUGACCAUCUCCGUCUUUCGUACGAGGGAAAAGAGAUCUCUUUACCAAUAGGAGAUUCAUCGGUGUGGACUCAUCAAGAUGGCUAUAUCCAUAUCGAGAGAACUUCAGACAUAAACUCCGUGCUGGUCACCUUACCCGAACUUGCCGAGAUUUGGGUCAAUGUGGUUCCUGUGACAAAGGAAGACGACAUGAUUCAUAAAUACAAGACACCUGAGAAUGACUGUUUUGCCCAUCUCGAAGUUCAGUUUCGGUUCUCGAGGUUGUCGCCGAAUGUGGAGGGUGUUUUAGGAAGAACAUACCGAGAGGACUUUCAGAAUCCGGCAAAACCAGGCGUGGCCAUGCCGGUCGUCGGUGGGGAAGAUAAAUACAGAACGGCGUCGCUUCUUGAAACAAGUUGUAAUGCUUGUGUUUACGUGGGGGGCUCAACCAGUUUGGACAAGAUCGAGCCGUUGUUACUGAAUCAAAGCACUGUUGAUUGCACUGGUGGAUCGAGCAGUGGUAUUGGAAUCGUUUGCAGGAAAUAA